GCUCUACAACUAGAAAACCUUUUGCAAUAAUUUCGUCAAACGGGAAAAAAUUUUUUAAAAAUUAUAGCAAUUGAUUUCUUAAAUAUAAAAAUGAUAUUUCGUCACUUUCGUCAAGACUACAGCUCUUCAAUCAUUUUUUUGCUAUUCUAAAUGAAUUUUUCUUCGUUAUAUUCAACGAUUCAACUGCAUGAUUAAGUCAUCUUCCACAUGAAGUGACAAACUUCUCCAGAUUGUUGAAACAAAUAUUGAUACCUCAUCCGGAUCAUUGAUCAUCUUAAAACCAAUUUAUCGAUUUCCCUCGGAAAGUCCAGUAACUGCAGCGAAUCGGAUACAAUGAGGAGUUCUGUGGUUUCAGUUGUUGCACUGGUAGCUUUCUUUGGCUUCAGCGGUAGUGACAGGAUCGAAGGAGCAACAAAUUACUUUCCAAAAAUCAAAGAAAAAAAAUCUCCAACACUUGCAGAUGAAGUGGAAAUUUUUUCGGAGGAAUUUUCGAAGUUAGCGACGACUGGAGAAUAUUCUCCCCAGUUGGAGGCAAUAAUAGACAGACUAGCACUUCCUAAAAAUUGGUACAACGAUCCUCGCAUUGCCAUUGACGAGGUGCGUCCACGAGCGACUUGCAAGACAUGCAAGGCUUUUGCUAAAAGUAUCAUCAAGUUGAGACGUGGAGGAACUUCCAAGGAAGCUAUUCAAGAUGCCCUCAUUAAAUCCUGUAUUCGAUUGCAUCUUCACACGGACAUUGUCUGUCGUGGAUCCGUCAAAUUAAAUGCGCCGGUGUUCUUUUGGAUCAUUGAUAAUGAUCCAACAGUCACAGCGGAUGACUACUGCGCACUCUCCCUGCAGAACUCCCAUUGCGCCCCUGCACCUGCGAAAUUCGAGUGGACUGUGGAGAUUGAUCGCCACCCACCUAAAAUACUCGAUGCAACACCAUCCCACGAACAUUUAAAAAUAGUUCACCUAUCGGAUAUUCAUUAUGAUCCACUUUAUGAGCCUCAUGGUAAUGCUAGAUGCGGCCAACCCAACUGCUGCAGGAAGGGACAGGGACCCUCAGCUCCUGGGGUUGCACCUGCCGGGUACUGGGGUGAUUAUCGCGUAUGCGAUACUCCCUGGCAUGCGGUUGUCGAUGCUUUGGACCAUGUGAACACUACUCAUUCGAACGUAGAAUAUAUUUACUACACUGGCGAUAUCGUUGAUCACGGUGAAUGGGAAACAACGCGAGAGGGAAAUAAAAAAAUUAUACUGGAGGUUUACAAUAAGAUAAAGAAGACCUUUGGAAAGACACCAGUGUUUCCUAUCAUCGGCAAUCACGAGGCGAAUCCUCUGAAUAUAUUCGCUUCUUCAAAAGUUGACAACGAUGAGGUGUCCACUAAGUGGCUGUACGAAUUAUUAGCUGAUAUAUGGAUAAAUUCAGGAUGGCUUCCGGAAUCCACCAGGAAGGAUAUCCUCCAAGGUGGAUUCUACACAGUCACUCCCAGAAAAGGCUUCCGGAUAAUUGCACUUAAUAAUAACGUCGCGUAUACUUAUAAUUGGUGGCUGAUCUACGAACCCAACGACCUAGGAGGUCAACUAAAAUGGCUGGCAAAAACUCUGCUAGAUGCUGAGAAAAAUGAGGAAUUUGUACACAUACUGGCUCACGUGCCCUCCGGCAACCAUGACCAACAAAACACCUGGAGUCGAGAGUACCGAAAGAUUAUCAAUCGAUUUGCCCAUAUAAUCACUGGACAAUUUAAUGGGCACACCCACAGCGACGAGUUCAACAUUUUCUACGAUCCUCAGGACUUCUCCAGAGUCAUCAACGUUGCCUGGAAUGGUGGCAGUGUGACAACCUGGUCAUAUGUCAACCCGAAUUACAGAAUUUACACAGUCAAUGGAAAAACUUUUGAAGUGGAAGACUCAUAUAAUUGGAUGUACAAUAUGACAGAAGCUAAUUUGACUCCUAAAAAACGUCCAAAUUGGGUAAAAUCGUACUCCUUCAGAGAGGAGUACGGACUCAAAGAUCUGUCGAUGAAUAGUUUACGUGAUUUGGUCCUCGAACUGUCGAAGGAAGGCCCCAAAGCGAGUGCUUACAACAGGCAUAUUUCGAAGGAUGCUCAAACCAAAACAUGCAAUAAAAAAUGUGCAAUAAAAAAUGCAUGCAGGAUAGUCACUAGUAUCAACAACAACGAUACUGACUGCAAAUACAUCAAACGAAUGAACCCCUGAAGGACAAAGAUAAAUAUUAUAUCACGCCAUGACUUAAGUUGAAUGAAUUGGCCAUUCAAAGAAUUUUCUCCUCAUUGAUGUAGAAUAUUGAUCAGCAAUAAAUUGAUUGAAAAAUAUCAACUAUA